AUGGUUUGUUGCCACUUUUUCACUCGUACCUCGCACCUGCUUCUUUGUUUCGCAGCUGGUUGUCUUUUUUCGUCAAUAUUUGAUUACUUUCUACUCGUUCACUCACUUUUUUUUCUCCUUUACUUGACUGCUCUUCCUUUUUUUUUGUUGCACCUGGUCGCCAAUUAUUUCGUGAGCCAAGGUGACUCAUUCAUGGAAAAGGAGAACAAAAGCAUCUGUUGGCGCCCCAAGAAUGCCUUGAUUGAAUGUAUAGUCUCAACGAAAUGCUUUGAAGAGAAGCAAAGUGUGGAGGAUUGUGUAGCUGCUAGUGAAUGCUUCAUGGAACGGCGGAAUUGGACCUUAUGCAAGGUGAAUGCCGUAAACCCGCGGUACCGUUUACGCGGCAACCCAUACGAUGUUGCAACGGAGGAUCAAAAGAAAAUAGAGGCCCGAAAUGAACGCAUCAAGCGGAGGGAGUUGGAGGAGGAAGGCAUUGUGUCGUAA